AGCCCCGUGGCUCGCAGGGGCCCCGCACCCCUAGUGCGCCAGGGGCCGCGCCGUUUGGGCGGCGGGGGGCGCCGCGGGCCGCGGGCGGCCGCCAUGCUGCCGAGCCUGGACGCGGCGGACGACGGGGGCUCCGAGGCCCACAUCGCGCCGCGGAGGGAGCCGAACGCCUUCGCCCCCGCGAGGCCGGAUACCCUCCACUGCUACGGGGUGGACUUCCUGUCCACGAGGGAGGUGCUGGACCUGCUCCGAGACUACGGCCCCCAGCAGGUGGAGUGGCUCGACGACUCCUCCUGCAACGUCGUCUUCGAGAGCGCGGAGGCCGCGGAGACCUGCCUGACCGGCCUACCCGAGGUGGCCGAGGUGGUGGACUCUGCGCUUGCCUCGGGGCUCCCCGUGCUGGACGGCGAGGGCUGGAUCCGCACGAGGCCGCUGAGGCUGCGGCAGG